CGGCCCGAAUUUGGGCACCGGUUCCCUGCCGCAGCACACCGACCGGUUCGGUGCUGGUGGGUUCACUUCAGUCCAUUCGAAUGGUUCGGAGCGACAAGUUGAGUUCGAAGAAGUCGCGUGUUUGUGCCCGGGUCCUACUCGCAGCAACCCGGUUUUCCGGGAGCAAAACGCAAAUGAAGCCGGACGUCAUGGCGCCGGCCAUCAAGGAGGACGAACCGGCGAAACCUCCGGCAAUUGUGUCGUACGCGUUUGAGAAGGAAGUCAUCAACAAGCAGAACGCGAUCAGCCAUGUGACGGACCACUUCCUGCCGAACCUGAACCGGGUUCCGAUUGCCAUCAAGUUCUGGUCCAAGUACGACUCGACUACGGCGGCGGCCCAGAGCGGAUUGGCCAACUUUGAUAAGUACUUUAAGUUGCUGGAGAAGAAUAUUGCAGAGGGGCCGAAGGAGAAGUUUCAGGAACCGAGAACUGAGAACCAGAGCUACGGGUGGCAUACGGACCCGUUCUAUCGCCAAGAGCCAGAGGACGUUCAUCUGCUGUACCAUCCGAAGAAACGGCACGAGAUUACGCUGAUUGGUGAGAAGAUCAACGCGGACCGAAUCACCCAGAGGCCGAGAUUCACCGGAAUUCCAUUCAAACUACCCAGUUGAAACGAGUAUUGAUUUGUAUUUUAAGUGAGGUGAAUAAAUAUGACUGUCGAUACGACUAUCUUUAAACUAUGCUAAGUUAA